AUGCCGGGGACUCUUCCCAGGUUUCCCAGCUUGCCCCGGGGGGUGACCGUGCCGGCGCUGCUCAACUCGCUGCCUCGAAGCAUCAACCCUCCCAGUUUACCCAGAGGCAUCACCAUGCCCACUCUGCCCAGUUUUCCCAGUAUGCCCCGAGGCGUCACCAUCCCCAGCCUGCCCAGGGGGGUGUCGCUACCGAGGGCCGUCGCCAUGCCGGCCGUAACCCAGGCUCCGAGGCGGCUGCUGCAGGACUGCUGCUCCGUGUUGGACCACCAGACACCCGGAGGGCUGUGCGGGUGCUGCUGGGCGCUUCGUCCACGCUACAAGCGGCUGGUCGACAACAUUUUCCCUGAAGACCCCGAGGAAGGCCUGGUGAAAGCCAACAUGGAGAAGCUGACCUUCUUCGCUCUGUCGGCUCCGGAGAAGCUCGACCGCAUCGCUGCGUACCUGUCAGAGCGUCUGACCCGAGAGCUGAACCGCCACCGCUACGGGUAUGUGUGCAUAGCGAUGGAGGCGAUGGAGCAGCUGCUGCUGGCAUGUCACUGUCAGAGCAUCAACCUGCUGGUGGAGAGUUUUCUCAGCACGCUGCGUCUGCUGCUGGAGGCUGACAAACCACACCUCCACAUCCUCGCCACCAGCUCUUUUGUAAAGUUUGCAAACAUCGAGGAGGACACACCAUCGUAUCACCGGAGCUACGACUUCUUCGUGUCUCGCUUCAGUGAGAUGUGCCACUCUGAUCACGAAGACCUCGACACCCAGAACAAGAUCCGUGUGUCGGGGAUCCGGGGCCUGCAGGGCGUGGUGAGGAAGACGGUGGAUGACGAGCUUCAGGUGAACAUCUGGGAGCCGCGUCACAUGGAGCAGAUUGUUCCUGCCCUGCUGGUCAACCUGCAGCAGCAUUCACAAAACGACAGCGGGUCUCCAGCAGAGCAGACAGAGGUGUGCUUCAGGGAGCUGCUGUGCCGAGCUGCUUAUGGACACAUUAACAACGCCAUCAAACCAGUGCUCAUGCACCUGGACAGUCGCAGUCUUUGGGAAGGACGAGGGUUUGCUGUUCGUUGUUUUCAGAUCAUCAUGUACUCCAUUCAGUCCCAGCACUCCCACCUGGUGAUCCAGCAGCUGUUGGGUCACCUGGACGCCAACAGCAGGAGUCCAGCUUCGGUCCGAGCCGGGAUCGUGGAGGUUCUGUCUGAAGCAGCUGUUAUAGAGGCAACUGGAUCCGUCGGUCCCACAGUGCUGGAGGUGUUCAACACGCUGCUGCGACAGCUCAGGCAGAGCGUCGACUAUCAGCUGACUGGUUACUAUGACAACACCGGGAAGCAUAAAACGAGCUCCACUGAAGAGAAGAAACUGCAGGACGCCGUCAUCACAACUAUUGGAUCCUUUGCCAACACGCUGCCUGUCUACCAGAGGUCAGAGGUCAUGCUGUUUAUCAUGGGGAAGAUUCCUGUUCCUGGUAUCUACCCCGCCCUGGGGUCACCCAACGCCGGGUUUGAAGGCAGCAGGAUGAUCCAGGUGAUGCUGCUCAAGUCCCUCCUGCAGGUGUCAGAGCGUUAUGAAAGCAGCAACCUGCUGACGGCGCUGCCCUCGUCCUUCCUGGAGCCUCUGCUGUCCUUCACUCUGAUGGAGGAUCCGGAGAUCCGCCUGCUCGUUCUGUCCAUCCUCACCUCACUCAUCGACCGACGCCACAACACGGCCCGGCUCGCCACAGCCAGUGUGGCAUUGGAUGUCUCAUCCUUGGAACUGAAGGAGGACAGGUGCUCCCGACAGGACAACCUGUUCAUGAGGAAGCACGCUCAGCGGCUCUACAGACACGUCUACCUGGCCUGUAAGGAGGAGAGCAGUGGAUGCAGCCACUACCACUCCCUCUUCACCCUAUUGGCUGUUCUAAGUGUGGAACUGGCCAAUGAGGAGGUUGUGGUUGACCUGCUUCGGCUGAUCCUGGCUCUGCAGGAGCUGGCGUUGACCAGUCAAGAGUGUUUGUCAGUGUUUAAUCGCUGCGGUAUUCACGCUGUCUGCGCCGCCUUCCUCAACCUGCUGUCACAGCUUGGCCCACCUCCACCACUCCACCAGCACAUCGCUCAGGUGAUAGAAAGCCGACAAAAGGAUGCUCCUCAUCUGCUGCCUGAGGUCAUCUUUUGUGACAAACCCAGACUGCCAGACGGUGAACUGAAGGUGGACGAAGCUCUCCUGUUCAUCCAAUCAAAGAUCUGUGAGGCUCUGGCAGGAAGCAGCUACAGCGCACACUGUGAACGCUUUAACACACCAUACACACCUCAGCUCUCAGAAGAGGAUCGUCUGUCUAAGAGGAAGAGUAUUGGAGAUGCCAUCUCUCUGCAGGUGGACAUAGACCUUCAGUUCCAACCUGAAACACCACAGAAACCUCAGACUGAGCAGAUCACCUUUGAGACACUGAAGAACGCCAUCGAGGACAGAGGGAUAGUGGAGGAGGAGGAGAGGAGGAAGAGGAUGGAGGUGGUGGAGCGGUUUCAGACGGCUCCCUUUGAGGAGAUCGCUGCUCACUGUGGAGCCCGGACGUCGUUGCUUCAGUCCAAACUCAAUCAGGUCUUUGAACUGAUCAUACGUCCUCCUCCUUCUCCCUCCGGACACUCAGCACCUCGAUCGACUCCACUCUAUGAGAUGAAGUUUCCUGACCUCUGUGUCUAUUAGACACAUUCAGCAAUAACUUCCUGAUGAUGUUGAAGCACUUUGUUUUGUAGAUGCUCUCUGUGGCCAGGAGAGAAGGAGGUAAAGAAACCACAAGGAGGCAGGAAAGGAAAGAAUGAAAGGUGACAAAGAGAGUGUCAACGUGAGGACUUAUAGUAGUGAAUCAUGUUUUUUAAUUGAACGUGGCCGUUUCUUCCAUAGAUGUCAGAGUUUAUCAUUUUAUAUUAAAUUAGAUCGAUUCAGUGUUUGACUUCAUAUUCCUCAGUCUGUACUGCUGUUUGAUCCUUCAGUCGAGGUCAAUCUGUACACAAAUACUGCUAAUUUUAAAGUACAAUGCACUAAUAAAAAAGUACAUGUAGAUUUUAUUGUCUCACCUGAUUCAGACACACACUCCUGGGAUGAACCAGAUUUUAGUACCUCUUCUUGUUUUUAAAGACGACGCCUUUAUUUGAAGAUCAAUGGCCACUUUAUUUUGAUGUUUUUUCCUCUUUAUGGACAUAGUUUACAGGAAACAGGAAACAGUGGGAUGAGGGAUGAUGAUAUCCCUGCUAGAAAUCCAAACAAUCGGUUUUAGAGUUAUUGUUUUUCCAUUCAGCCUCCAGUGUGCUCCGGUCUUACACCCUCAGUCUGAUUAUUUUGGUUGUUUAAUGUGUCUUGAUUAUAACUUUGCCUUAUUUUUAGGCAGUGUCCUGUUUAUGAACCCAGCUGGAUUCAUCAUUUAGCAUCUUUUAGGAGUUAUCUACUUUAGUACCACCGUCUUAUUCUGCUUCUGUUAGGAGCCCACUUUAUUAUUAAAGCCUCUUUGGGUGGAUGGAUGGAUGAUGGAUGGAUGGAUGAUGGAUGGAUGGAUGGAUUACCUCCUUUUGAGGAGUGACUUUCAGAGACUUCGUACUCCACUUUUUGACACACUCAAAAACACGUUGUUACGUCUGCUCGGGAGGAGACUGUGGGGUUCGUCACUGUGGAUAUGAAUGACAGUCUUGUGGGUCAAGUGUCUGGUGUUCAUGUGUAUGUGCUUUAAAAUAAAAAGUGUUGUGGAUUGGUGCAACUCUA